AUGAGUGCCUUUCUCGAAUUUCUCAUGGUGAUCGGAAAGCUUCACCGGCGUAGCGCACAUUGCCGAGUUCCUCUUCGAUACGGAGAAGCUGCAAUGGAAAUAAAUCAAACUCAAGGGUUCAGAUAUGUGUUAACUACCUGGUUGUAUUUUGACAAUCGUUCACUUCGGCAUGGAGCACCAGUUUUGAUCUACAAAACAGAGAAUGAUAAGCAAACACUAGAGAGUAAUACAGACAGGUUUAGAGGAUUUGAUGUACCUGUCCGCUUGCUAAACCAACAGAGAGAUCUGCGAUGA